GGACUGGGUCUGUGCGCGGCUUCGGUGGCGGUACCUGGGGCAGGGAGGGAGCUCCGGCUGCCCUGGGGUGGGGCGAGCCGGGGGCAGGAAAUCGCUGUAUAGAAGUCUAGCUCAGCUUUUUGAUAAGCAAGCAUGGCUGUCACGCUGCAUACUGAUGUGGGAGAUAUUAAAAUUGAACUAUUCUGUGAACGUACUCCAAAGACCUGUGAAAAUUUCCUGGCUCUUUGUGCUAGUAACUACUACAAUGGAUGCGUAUUUCACCGAAAUAUAAAGGGCUUCAUGGUUCAGACAGGGGAUCCAUUAGGCACUGGGAAAGGCGGUAACAGCAUCUGGGGCAAGAAGUUUGAAGAUGAAUUCAGUGAAUAUCUAAAGCACAGUGUCCGUGGGGUAGUUUCCAUGGCAAACAAUGGUCCCAACACCAAUGGAUCGCAGUUCUUCAUCACUUAUGGCAAACAGCCACACCUGGACAUGAAGUACACGGUGUUUGGAAAAGUUAUUGAUGGUUUGGAGACCCUAGAUGAGCUGGAGAAACUGCCUGUGAAUGAGAAAACCUAUCGACCCCUUAAUGAUGUUCGCAUCAAAGACAUUACAAUUCAUGCCAACCCUUUUGCUCUGUAGCCACAGAAUGCCUCAGCACAUUCUUCAGACACUGGUCAGAUAAUUCCGAGAUUAUGGGAUUUAAAGAGCCAUCAAACAGGGUUACCUCAGCUGGGUCCUAUCUUUGCUCAUUGAAUGCACAAUUUUCAGACGCUUAUGACAUUGUUUUGGAGUUGUCACAGAGAGGUCUUGAGCUUCAGAAGCCAGGUUUUCCAGAGUAUCUUCCAGCAUUUUGGUUUUGAAACUUUGUUUUUUAUACUUGUAAAAUAAAAAAACCUAAUUUUUUUCCUAA